UCAGAUCGGCAGAGGAUUAACGUCAUUGAAGAUAGUUCCGUUGAAUAAGGAGAUUACCUGAUCUAUGAAAGAGGUGGAGCUCAGGCAUGAGCUCAAAGACAUGUCAGGUUCUUAGCUGCAUCCGAAAGAGCAAUCUGAGAAGACAUGCAAAAUACGCCACAGGUUAGCUAAACGCUAACGAGAUCUGUUUGACAUUCUUAACAGAUGAUCCUAAUCACUCGAGACAAGGAGAGAGUAGAUGUACCUGAGGAUAUUGAAAGGAAAAUUUGACGGAGUCAGCUUUCAUCGCUCACGGAGAAGUAAAUCGCCUUGCGGUGAAGAGACUUCAAUUGGAGGAGAAAGAAAGAGGAGAUGCGGCGCCAUCGUGGUAGAGCUGACGAGAUCUUCUUCAAUCGGAGCGACGUUUGCGAGGUGGAGAAAACGGAGAUCUCUCAAGAUGAGACCGAGUCCAUUUCAGUGGAGAAGGUUCGCGAGAGAGGAGAGAGAGGAGAGAGAGGAGAGAGAGUCAAACUGACUCGUCUUUCUUCGAUCAAGACAAAGAGACAAGGAGGAGCUGGGCUGUCGGCAACAAGAUUUGCCCGAUGGGCUAUUAAUGGGCUCGAUUCAAGCUGGUGGAGAUUUGUGAAGCUUGGGCCUCGCCAGAAAUUAAAUGGGCCAGGGACAACACCAUAUCGCCAUGGGCUGAGUCCACAACAGGCCCACUCCAGCUUAUGACACCUGAUCACAUACAAAGCAUAUAUAAUAGAUGUGAGUAUGAUGAUUAGGGUUACGGAAUCAUUAAGGAAACUCAGGAUUUACAACAACAAGAAUCAGAUUAAGCAAGGAUUGGUAAGCAAGAGGAAGGAGACAACAAUACAAGAUAUAUAGCUUAGGCCUAAGACUAUUAUCUAAGGGCUUUGUUAUAUCCUUUAGCUUUGGAGUAUUUGGUUCUUUGUAAACAAUCUACCUAGCACACUGAUUUGGUGUUGCUAGUGUCUCUUUGAUCUAGUGGAUUUUGGGAGCAGAAAUUCUCCCACGAAACGUACCGCGUCGAGAGGGCCGGGAACUCGUUAAAUCGUGUGUGUCUUUACUUUUAGUACUAGACCUAGAUGAAGCUAACUUCUAACCUAAGUAACCUGAGCUAAUAAUAUUCUACAUUGUCUUUGUAAGAUUUUUCUUCUAUCUUCUUGGAGAUCCAACCGAUUUUAAUAUCUAGAGAUGGUGUUUGUCGUCGAGAAGACAUGUCUGAAACCGACUUAGAUCCCCUCUGUGAAGCAGUCCAACACCAUUCGCCGCGUCAAAUCGAGUCCAACACCAUUUUCGUUUCUUCAGAUCUUUUAUUCAUUGGGUCACGAGUUAAAAGGUUCGGACUUUGUCAGUGUGAAUGGACAGACUUGCAUCUGCAACAGUCUAUGGCUGUGGAGCUUCUGUUUUUAUCCUUUGCUUGUUGCAACAGAGUCUAUGGUCCGUCGCUCUCUUUGCCAUUGUCUUCCUCCGACGAAUUAUCCGAUGUUUCUGCAAAACUCGGGAGCUCUCAGUCGGAUCCAACCAGUUCCCAGGGGCGAAGGUGAUGAUCUAUUGUCCACUGCUGAAUGAGGCAAAAAUGUCUCUGGUUAGUUUUUAAUAUUGGAUCUCUGGUCGGUGACCUGCUCUCUUUGUGCUUCCAAUCAAAUAGUGGAUCGUUACUAGUAGUGGUAUUUGACGUUUGGCCACUGUGUAUUCUAACAAUGUUUAUUUUUGUUUGCCUAAAUUUAGGAGUGUUGAUUGUUUAUCUUGUUUUUGCCUUUGGGAAUGUUGAAUUUAUGUAAUAGGAACUGAUGCUUCACCCGUAACGUAUUUAUGUUUCUUUAUAUUACUAGAGAAAUGGAUUAGUGCACUGAGUAUUCUAUCUUCAAUUCUUCA